AUGAUAAUACCAGUUCGUUGUUUUACUUGUGGUAAAUUAAUUGGUAACUUAUGGAAUAUUUAUGAAAAAAAAUUAGAAGAAGGUAUAUCAAAGUCUGAUGCAUUAGAUGAAUUAAAUUUAUACAGAUAUUGUUGUAGAAGGAUGAUAUUAACUCACGCUGAUAUGAUGGACAAAUUAUUAUCAUAUAAUAUAUAUGAAAGAAAAUUAUAG